AUGUGUUGCGAUUGCGGCGACUAUGACUCGGACUCCGACUUAACGGACCUGGGCACGGACUCACUGGAAGAUAGUAGUAGUAGUAGCCAAUGUAGCGGGGAUAGCAGCCCGAGCGAGGCGCUCAGUGAAGACGGUGCAGGACGGACAAAGGACCCGAUACGGGAACAACAUCAACAGCAAAAGGGUUCUGACAGAAGAAAGAAAACUCCUGGUCUCAUUGUCACUGUGCCAACCGAUAUUCUUCUCGAGAUCUUUGGUUUCUUGGAACCAAUAGACCUUUUACAUCUGUUUGGCACCAACAAGGCUUUCCGUAUGGUUCUAUCAUCUAAUAAUGCAGUCUCAGUCUGGAAAGCUGCUCGUGUCAACCGUGGCGGUGUUCCCGACUGCCUACCUGGCAUGUCUGAGGUGGAAUGGGCUGACCUAUUAUUUGGUGGCUUUCACUGUCAAGAAUGUGGCAGGAAGGGAAUUUGGGAGAUAGACUUCGGCAUCAGGCGCAGAGUAUGUCCCCGAUGCCUCAAUGAGAACCUAGUCUGUGACAGCGCCUUUCCAUUCGAAUUUCCUGAAUGCGAUCCGAUCAUCAUGGAUUUGAUACCAUUCAGUGAUAUUGGCAGAGAUGAUCAUGAUCAUAUCACUGAUUGCAAGUUUUUGUGGUCAGAUGACGUACUGAAAAUGGCAAAAGAGCUGGAGGCGUACCUCAAACCAGGUGCUGAGCAAGCAUUAGAAGGCUUCAAGCAAUCACGCAAGAAAUAUGUUGAUUCCGAUAUCGACGUAAGAUUCCUACAGGUGGUUUUACUAAAUCUAAUGGCUUCGAAGCAUAUAGCAGUUUGUAACGCUUGGGCCGGCAAGGACUAUGAUCGUCAAUUAUCGCGUGCCCGUGAGCUUCGUAACCAAAAUACAGAACUGUUCCAAGCUAGACUGGUCGACCUCGGCCACAAUGCUAAAGAUGUGGAGCGCAUGUUCGAGUGUCAUCACUAUGGCGUACUAGAUGAGGAGCUUACCGAUGCACGCUGGAAGCGUUUGAUCCCAAAAGUCGAGCGUAAGCUUGCCGAAUUGGAGGAAGAAUGGCGCCUCGAGAACCAAAGAAAAGUAUCGUCUGUCCGGGAGUCUCGCCUGUUGGCUAUGUACCAGAAAUACGUGCGGCCCUUGCCACAGGCUAUCAUACCUCCUCCCCAAGAUUUCUUGAAGCUAUGCGAUGUUGCGGAAUUUAUCAAAAGCCCACCCACUGGCGACACAGAAAGCGAUAUUCAACCUUGUUAUGCUUUCGCGGAAAGAUUUCCCGAGUUUUGUGCUGAAUAUUUGCAUAAAAGGAAGCUCGAGCUGACACGACUACUUGCCCUCUCCACCAAUAUACUGCAAGAUACCACAACGCUACAAAGCCAAAGAAUCGACACCCCUGAUGACAUGCUAAUGCGUCUGGCGACCUCCGUUUUCCAAUGCACUCACCCGCGCUCUUUCCCGUUGAUUACAUGGGACAAAGUGCAGUAUCACGCUCACCAAAGUCACACAACGUCGACGUCGACAUCUUGCACAUUUUUGAUCUCUCAGCGUGGGGUUGCUGCUGCACGUUCUUUGUUAGGCUUGAUCGGUCUCGAUGCCCAAACUACGACUGCAACUACAAUGGACGACCUCCAUUGUCGCUUUUUCUGCUCCAACUGUCCACCCAAGCCAGAGAAAGGAGGAUCUUACCGGAUAGCGAUGAACUGGCGUCAGGGCGUUCGUCCUAUGUUUGUCUUCCAUUACGUCGACCAACAAGGUCCAUCGCACAAAGAGCCUCGUUGGGAACUCUUGAGUACCGAACAACUUCAAGUCAUCCAAAGUCGGUGUGCGCCCGAAUAUCCCGGAGCCACUCAGCGAGUGUGGCGUUGUAACAAGUGCGAUGUAUACCACGAAAAUCCGACUACAAAGGCUGAUGUGAUUAAUCAUAUAAAAUCGCAUAGAAUCAUCACUCCGACUGAAGGAAUUGACUUCAGCUAUGACCAAGGCGUCAUCGAGAAACCGCCUCCAGCGAUGAAGUUCUUCGUUACCCCUCAGACCAAGAAACCCUCAAAGUCAAGCACAACUCAGAAGUCUAAACCUCCUACCAAGUUGAAAUAUCUCUGUCAACAUUGCAAUGACUUAAACCGGUCCUUCAUAUUGGAAGGUGUCAAGCAGCACCUGAAAGUCAAGCACAAGAUCGAUUCCCCGAGUGAAGGGCCAGACUUUCGCAAGAUCAAAUAAUUCCACCGCACUUUAAUUCUUCGUAGUCUCCUCUUCAUCUUUCGCUCUAUAUAUAUGCAACCUUUUAACACAUAACUCCAGCGGUUACGUACGCCGUUGCAUCCCUCCCCUGAUGUCUAAGUAUAUACCGAGCUCGGUCUUUGAUCCACAGUACUUGAUGCCAAUCCGUAAUCGAUAGGUGGAUAUCUUAAAUCCUUGAAUAUUUGACCACUCAUCAUUUCCGUAUUUCUUAUGAGGGUUGUUAUUGAUCAUACCGUUCUGUGUGGGCCAGUCUCCCCUAGGCAGUUCUGAAUCGAAUGGAGAUAAGUGUUCCUUCUCUACUAUAACCAAAUGUUAUAGUUCCUGCGUGUCCAACGUCGUCAGUUUUUCACCUUUAAUUCAUUCCCCGAGUUCACGGUUUAAACAUCGGCGCAACACCGAGCACUGCAAAAUCCAUGCUUAUUGACAUGUCCACUCAUUUGAAGGAAAAACUAAUGAGGUGCUCCUAGUCA